AUAAUUAAAAAAUGUUUUUCUGUCUGUAUUGUUUCAUUAUAAUAUAAAUUCAUUCAUGAUGAAAAUUUUCCUUGCAUUUUUAAACUGAUUGAAGUUUCAAACGGCGAAAAACAUUGACAUUUAACGCAGCACCAUCUAUAACUGAAUACAACAGCAAUAACAUUCAGAUUCGAAUAAUAUUAUUCUGUGUGCAUAAUUCUAUUAUCAGUAAUCAAAAAUAUUUCGUAACUGUACGAAUAACAUAAUCAUAUAUAUAUAUAUUAUUGUAAUAUUCGCAAAGAAUAGUUAUAUUUGUAAUAUGUGAAGUAUCAAUCAAAUUGAAGGUUCAUCGCGCGUAAAAUCAAAGUGAAGUAAUUAUAAUAAAGAAUUGAAUUCUCAAUAAGAAUUAAAUAAGAAAUUCAAGAUGCCUUGUGAAAUGAUAACUUUACAACUUGGCCAAUGCGGUAAUCAAAUUGGAUUUGAGUUUUGGAAAAAAUUAUGCGCUGAACAUGGUAUUAGUCCAGAAGGUAUUUUAAAAGAUUAUGCAACAGAAGGUACAGACAGAAAAGAUGUAUUUUUUUAUCAAUCAGAUGAUGAACAUUAUAUACCAAGAGCAGUAUUAUUAGAUUUGGAACCCAGAGUAAUUCAUACAAUUAUGAAUUCUCCCUACUCAAAGUUAUAUAAUCCAGAGAAUAUUUAUUUAUCAAAACAUGGAGGUGGUGCUGGUAAUAAUUGGGCAUCUGGUUAUCAUCAAGGAGAGAAACUUCAAGAAGAAAUAUUUGAUAUUUUAGACAGAGAAGCAGAUGGAAGUGAUAGUUUAGAGGGAUUUGUUUUGUGUCAUUCUAUCGCAGGUGGUACUGGUUCAGGUAUGGGUUCAUUCAUGCUUGAAUCCCUCGCAGAUAGGUUUCCAAAAAAAUUACUUGAAACAUAUAGCGUUUUCCCAAACCAAGAUGAGAUAAGCGAUGUAGUUGUACAGCCAUACAAUUCCUUAUUAACUUUAAAAAGGUUAACACAAUGUGCUGAUUGUGUUGUUGUUCUCGACAACACAGCACUUAAUAGAAUAGCAUCAGAUAGACUUCAUAUCCAAAAUCCUAGUUUUACACAAAUUAAUAAACUUGUUUCUACAAUAAUGUCUGUUAGCACCACCACACUUCGGUAUCCUUCUUAUAUGAACAAUGACUUAGUUGGUUUAAUUGCUCCAUUAAUUCCAACACCACGAUUACAUUUCCUCAUGACUGGUUAUACUCCUCUUACUACAGAUCAAGAAGGAGCAUCUGUAAGAAAAACUUCUGUAUUAGAUGUAAUGAGACGUUUGCUUCAGCCGAAAAAUAUGAUGGUUUCUACAGCAUUAGAUAGAAAUGCAUCUCACUGUUAUAUAUCUAUCUUAAACAUCAUUCAAGGUGAAGUAGAUCCAACCCAAGUUCAUAAAUCUUUACAAAGGAUCAGAGAAAGAAAACUUGCGCAAUUUAUACCUUGGGGUCCUGCUAGUAUACAAGUAGCCCUUUCAAGAAAAUCACCAUAUAUUCAAAGUACACAUAGAGUAUCUGGCUUAAUGUUAGCCAAUCAUACUAACAUAUCAUCAUUAUUUGACCGUGCCUUACAACAGUAUGAUAAAUUACGAAAGCGAGAAGCAUUUUUAGAACAAUUUCGUAAGGAAAAAAUGUUCGAAGAUAAUUUGGACGAAUUGGAUAAUUCUAGAGAAGUCGUUGAAUAUUUGGUAAAGGAAUACCAGGCAGCCACCCGAGUGGAUUAUUUAUCAUGGAACCCCAGCAAAGUAGAAACAUAAAAUAUUCAAUAAUUUUAAUAAGAUUAUCGUGCAUAUAAAGAAAAACUUGAGAUCUGA